UCAUUUUUGUCAGCUGUAGGAACCGAGCUGUUUGUUUUGUUUUUAGCACGCGUGAUUCACUGACGUUUUCACAGAAAUUAUAACCUCAAAUAUUUUUAUUUUUGUUUUUAUAAAAUAUUAUUUAUUUUAAUUUGUUAUUUUACAAAAUAUUAAAAUGGUAUUAGAAGGAAGACUUGAAGAUAGUGGAUCUCAGUCCCUUUACUAUGGAAGUAAUGUUUCUUCCCACAACCCUUGUUAUUUUAGCAGUUAUGGUGAUUUAAAGGUUCAUGAAUUGAUGUUGAAGGACAAAGUCAGGACAGAAUUCUACAAAAAUGUGAUAUUUUCAAAUAAAGAAAUAUUUCAAGAUAAAAUUGUCAUGGAUGUUGGAACAGGAACAGGAAUACUAUCAAUAUUUUGUGCACAAGCAGGAGCAAAAAAAGUGUACGCAAUCGAGAAAAGUGAAAUUGCCAAACUUGCAGCGGACAUUGUUAAGGAAAACAACCUGACUGAUAUUAUUGAGGUGAUUCAAGAGCAAGUGGAGAAUGUGGUGUUACCGUGCAAAGUGGAUGUGAUGAUAUCUGAAUGGAUGGGGUUCUACCUGCUCCACGAAGGUAUGCUGGACAGUAUCUUGGCUGCUCGUGACAAACACCUGAAGGAGGGUGGCAAGAUGUUUCCAUACAAGUGUAUCAUAUACUCAGCACCGUGUCAGUUGCCCGGGUACUUUCAGUUGUGGGAUAACUUCAACGGAGUGAAGAUGUCGACUCUGGGCCAGGCUCUGAGAAAGGGUUGCCAGGGGGAGCCUCAGAUCACACGUAUUGCCUCUUCUGACCUCUUGUCUGAUGGGAAAGAAGUGGCCAUCCUAGACCUGUACCGAACAACUUGUGAUGAGUUGAAUAAAAUCUCAGUGAAGCAGUUUGUUGCGGUAAGCAAACGUGGGGAUUAUCAAGGCAUAUGCCUCUGGUUUACGGUGGAGUUUCCCUCCGUGGAGGGCAAAGAAAACAUGGUCCUCUCGACAUCACCUAUGAGUCAGAAGACACACUGGAAGCAGACCGUGAUAGUUCUGCCAGUCCAUGUGGAAGUGGAAGAGAACGAUCCAGUUGCCUGGGAGUUAAUUUUGGAACGGAACAGCCUGAACCACCGGAUGUACAAUAUACAUUUGACAAUGUUGGAUCCUGAGACGGAGUCUCAUCCAAUGCCUUGUGAUUGCAGCUUUAUGAAGUGUAGAGUGAUCAAGGCAUUCCUUGCGCAGCAGGAGCAGGCUGAGAUGAUCGAUGAUAUCAUUGAUUGUACGACUACUGAUGACAAUGAUUAAAUCUGUUAAUUACUCAA